CGGGAAACGCCAUUAACGUGGGUGUUGUUACGUCACACGUAAGGUCAAGAGGAAAGAAGCAUGGCCGCUGUGUUGAGAGGGGCUCGGUACUUGGGUGGAAAGUGUUGCAAGCAUGUUGACUUUGCAUUCGUCUCAUCUCGGUCUAUGGCCUCGAAGACACAGGUGGGGUUCAUUGGUCUGGGCAACAUGGGCAACCCAAUGGCAAAGAACCUGCUGAAGCACGGAUACCCAGUCAUCGCGACUGAUGUGUUCCCGGAGUCCUGCAAGGAAUUGCAAGAGCUGGGCGCUCAGAUUGUGGAUAAUCCUGCUGAGGUAGCAGAUAAAGCGGACCGCAUUAUCACCAUGCUCCCCUCUAGUCCCAAUGUCAGAGAUGUGUACACUGGACCCAAUGGCAUUCUGAAAAAGGUGAAGAAAGGCUCCCUGCUCAUUGACUCCAGCACCAUCGACCCAGCGGUUUCAAAAGAGAUGGCUGCUGCUGCGGAGAAGAUGGGGGCAGUUUUUAUGGAUGCACCUGUUUCAGGAGGUGUGGGUGCCGCCAGUUCGGGUAAACUGACUUUUAUGGUUGGAGGGGCCGAGGAGGAAUUUACUGCAGCCAAAGAACUGCUCACCUGUAUGGGAGCCAAUGUGGUGUACUGCGGUCAGGUUGGAACUGGACAGGCUGCUAAAAUCUGUAACAACAUGCUUCUAGCCAUUGGAAUGAUUGGGACUUCAGAGACCAUGAACUUGGGAAUCAGACUGGGUCUUGAUCCUAAACUGUUGGCCAAGAUUCUGAACAUGAGUUCAGGUCGGUGCUGGUCCAGUGACACCUACAACCCUGUGCCUGGCGUCAUGGAGGGGGUCCCGUCUGGGAAUAACUACCAGGGAGGCUUUGGCACCCAGCUGAUGGCAAAGGAUCUAGGCCUCGCACAGGACACGGCCACCAACACAAAGACUCCUGUCCCUCUCGGCUCCUUAGCCCAUCAGAUCUACCGUAUGAUGUGCGCUCGCGGUUAUGCCAAUAAAGAUUUCUCCUCCGUAUUCCAGUUCCUGCGUGAGGAGGAGGAGGGCCAGUAACUUCAGCCUCCCCCCGUCCACAGCCUGGCCAGGCCUGGCCCUGCACAGGACUAACAUAGCUUAGUUAGGGUGCAUUUCGCCCUGAGGACUUUCUUUUUCAAAGUUGUAAAAGACAUGAAACCAAGAGCGCUCCAACACACCGUGACCGAUCAUGUGAGCACUUUUCUCCUAUUGGAAGUCCUGUUUCCUGUGGGAUCUAGCCUGUACUUUUAAAUGCAGCACUCAGAUCAGCGGAUCCAAAAGAUUAGUAGACUGUCAAGCAAUGGCAGCUCUUCUUAGGGUCCGCUGGGAAUCUUUCUAGUUAAGAUGUAGCUCUCAUAUUUAUCUAUUGUCUAUCGUUUGUAAUCAUUUCUUUAUGUUGCCGUUUUUUUCUCUUUACGGGGUUACUUUUCAUGACAUUGUAAAUGUUACUUUGGGGUAAGAGCUUUCAGAUCACAUAUCCUGUUAGGAAAUAAAAACAAAUGGAGAUGUCUUCAACUUUGUGAA